AUGGGUUGGAGAAGCCCCCUGUUUUGGAUCAAGCGCACCGAACUGCUACGCGGGCAGCAGCUGACGGAGGAAGGCCGCGGCCAUUUAUCGUCUGUGUCCACCACUAUCAAGAAAAGGAACGCAUUCAGCAAGGGUCGACUGGAGAUUCAUGGAAAACAAAUCCUAAUCUUUCCGGACUACAGUGCAGAUCUGACCAGACGCAGGGCAGCUUUCAAUGAGGUAAAAGUUUCACUCCGACAACAAGAGGGAGUUCGUUACGGGCUCCUCUACCCUGCUCGACUCCGUGUCUCCUAUAAUGGUGAGACGAAGGUAUUCAACACUCCCAGUGAUGUGAAAGACUAUAUUGGCUCAAGGUUUGGGAGGAACGAAUAA